AUGAAAGUGAAUCUGGACAAGCAUCUUCAGAGAGUCCAUGACGUUCACGACUCGCCUGAGCGAAUUGAAUCAUCCGAAUCGGAAUUGAGCUCAAGCUCAAGCUCCGACAGCGACGACGACGUUCUAAAUCAAAAAAUAAAGAAACUCAAAUGCCGCAUCUUUGCCCCAGGAGCCCCCAAACCACCAUUGAAAGCCUAUAUGCGGUUCACAAACGAAAGACGGAAGGAACUGAAACGCGACCCUACCUGGCUGCAACUUUCGAAAAUUCACCGCGAAAAAUUCAUUUAUGAUAAAUGGCAUCAGCUUUCGAAAGAGUGCAAGGUUCCGUACAUAGAAGCGGCCGCCAAAGGCCGAGCUAUAUACAAAAAGAAGUUGCGCCGAUUUUUAAGGCAGAAUCCAAACAUUUUGGAAGAAGAGUUGGCGAAGCUAAAGAAGAAACAAACGAAAAGAAAGGCCGUCUCCAGCUCCAGCAGUACUGAUGAUGACGACCCACAUGACCUUGUCCCGCUAUCCAAGAUCCAUCUCCGAUCCACUUCCGAUCCGGCUACCUAUGCCACGCCCACCAUCAAUCAGACCGUGAAAAUCCUGCGGCGCCCCGCCCAGGCUGAAGAGCGACGGGAUACGAAUGGCAUGAAACCCAAGCAGCCCAUUAAGACGCUAAAGCAGCGCGAGCAGGAAUAUGCGGAGGCCAGAUUGCGUAUUCUGGGUGCGGCCAAGAAUCCCGAGGAUGAUAAGCCACCAACGCCCCCAACACCACCCGGUGGUAGCCUUUUGGCCACGCCACAGACGGCUCCACCCGCGGGAACCCACUCAACACUACCUGCUGUCAGCUACAACAAUAACAACAACAAUAAUAAUAGUAAUCCUGGUCCAGGUCCUGGAAUGCAUCGCUCUAGUUCGGCCCCGAAGAUGUCCCAAGUGUCGGCAAUGUACAAUAACUACAAUAGCUACUUCCAAGGGCCACACAAUCCGGGCCUGAACUAUUAUUACCAGCAUGCCGGACCACAGCCACCACAGCAGCAGCCGCCAGUCAUACAGCCGCAUUUCAAUCAACGCAUGCCACCGUAUGGGGUGGGAGGGGGUAUGGGCAUGGGUGGAAUGCCAGCCCAAUCUCCGCCACAGUCAUCGCUCAAUCAGCAGCAGCAGCAGCAGAGUUGGUCGCCCGUGGUCGGAGGAAGUGUAUCCGCUGCCCUGUUGCGCCAGCAGUCAAUGCAGCAGUCGCCACAGCAGCACCAGCAACAGCAUCAGCCGCCGCAAACCUACAAUGACAACGUCUUGCGCCUUCCGAGGGGACCCUGCCCGAAUGGUUCGGUUGGCUUUCAGAUGCGCCGGUAACAGAUUGCAGCAGCAGCAAAAGGAGCGAUGGGAUGUGGUUCUAAUAUAUUUCAAUAAAUUCUACUCAUCGUGGUGUAUAGAUUCCGAAAUUGUGUAAGCAGAAAUUCAAGUGCGAGCGUUUCCAAUCUGAGAUUUAUAUGUCGUCAUGCAUGUGUGGACCCUGUGGUUCGUCCGCAGGCGAAGCAAGCAUCAAACAAAAACAAAAAACUAUGUAAAACAAAUUUUAUGACGAAGAAUGGAAG